CAUACAUUUUUGUCUCGCCCCAUUCGAGUCCUAGCAUUAUUCCCCUCCGAGGCUCAAAACCCCCUCUACGCUAUUUGUUUAUGGGAGAGCGUUUUGUCUUGCGCCGAACUUCCUUUUUUUGCAGGCGGUUUAUCCCCUUACAAGUUGAUGAAGAUGCGUUAAGCUCAGCUUUCUACCUCCGCCGAGGCCGCUGUUCCACUGCCGCAGCCAAAACUGAGGCGGUGAAAGAAGCCGAUAGUGCAAAGAAGAAAGACAAGCGAUUCACUCUGCCCCCAUACACUUCUUCUAUAGAUGGCACUGCUCUUGGGAGAGAGCUCGCAGGCAGGCAUCAAGAUGCUAAGGAAAAACCUUCCACCGCCAUGACUGCACUAAAAUGGGUUCUGCAUUGCUGCCCUGAGUUGCCAAGGUCUCUUGUACAGAAGCUGUUUCGAUUAAGACAGGUCCGAAGGGUAUCCUCUACUGAUCAACAACCUCAACACAAAAGGGUCAACGCCAAGGAGUCAAUGUACAUUGGAGAUCAAAUAGUUCUUCCUAUAACAGUUGAAAAGUUUCCUGCUGAAAAACAUGUUGAGAGCCUAUGUAGUGAAGAACACUCAAAAUUUCUUCAAAGUAUCGAAUUGUACAAGGAUCCAUCUAUUCUUGUUGUCAAUAAACCCCCUGGGAUGCCUGUUCAGGGUGGUGUAGGCAUAAAAAGAAGUUUAGAUGAACUGGCUGCAAGAUACAUGCGAUAUGGCUAUCCAGAGCCCCCUCGUUUGCUCUUAUAUAGGUGCACAGACUAGAUAGAGAUUGUAGUGGGAUAUUGGUGAUGGGAAGAACACAAUUGAGCACAACAGUUUUGCAUGCCAUCUUCCGAGAGAAAACAUUUGAAGCAUCUAAUGCUGAUGCUGAAACUACAAAAAGAAACUUACAAAAGAAGUAUUGGGCACUUGUAAUUGGUUGUCCUAGACGUGCUGGAGGAGUAAUUUCAGUGCCACUGGGAAAGGUGAUGUUGGAUAAUGGGAAGUCUGACCGUAUUACAAUCAUGGAUGAUGACCAUGCACAAUCAGCACAUUCUGCUGUCACGGAGUAUCGGGUCAUUGAAAGUUCUGAAAAGGGCUAUACAUGGUUAGAGCUAUCUCCCCUUACUGGCAGAAAGCACCAGCUGCGUGUUCACUGUGCUGAGGUACUGGGAACGCCUAUACUUGGGGAUUAUAAAUAUGGGUGGCAAGCUCAUAGAAAGUUGAAGCACCA